GCAAACAGCUGUAAACUCCAGCUCCUCUCCCCGCUCGGCUCCCACUGCGAUUCCGCCCAAAACGCCAAAGGCUCUGCACUUUCUGCCCCCCCUCCUCCUCCGAGAUCCCAUCCAUGGCGGCGGCCUCGGCGUCCCGCCUCCGGAUCUAAAACCCCCACACAGCCAUUGCGGGGUCUGUGACCGGCGCUCCGACAGCUGCACGGGUCGCGGCAGCCGACCCGGUUCGUUGCCUUGCAAGAUUUGCUUUGCCGCUGCGUGUCCUGGGUGGGUGGCGGGUAGUGGGUUCGUCCAUGGUUCCUUGAAAUGGGUGUCUGACUCGAGGUGGGUCGGCGCUACGGACUGCCUGCUGCCGCCAUGUGGAAGCAGUUCCUUGGUAAGCUCUCGGGGAAGUCGCCGAAAUCCGGCGGAGGCGGGGGCUGGGGAUCUCCGCCGCCCAAGUCCCCAACGUCGUAUGACGUGAAUGGGAGGCAGUGGGACUCGAUGCGGGCGUCUCCUCCGCUCGCGGCUAUCGCCGGAGCGGAGGGGGAGACAAGGGAGGACGUGUUCCUCCGGAAGCUGAACGUCUGCUGCGUGUUGUUCGACUUCUCCAACGACCGGGGCCGGGACUCUCCGGAGAGGGAGAGAAAGCGGCAGGUGCUCAUGUCUCUCGUCGACUGCCUUGGCACGGCGGAGGAGCCCCUCACGGAGGCGAUGGUCUCGGCCUGUGUGCGUAUGUUUGCCAUCAACCUGUUCAGGGUCUUCCCGCCCAAGGUCCGGCCAGGCACCGGGGCAGCUGCCGAGGCUGACGAGGACGAUCCGUUCUUUGACCCCUCAUGGUACCACUUACAGGUCGUAUACGAGCUGCUCCUCCGGUUCGUCACCUCUCCUGUCGUUGAUGUGAAGGUGGCUCGCAAGUACAUGGACAAUUCCUUCAUCUCCAGGCUGCUUGAUUUGUUAGAUUCUGAUGAUCCUAGAGAAAGGGAUUGCCUGAAGACAGUAUUGCAUAGGAUAUAUGGAAAAUUCAUGGGUAAUCGGCCCUUCAUCCGCAAGGCUGUGAGUAAUAUCUUCUAUAGGUUUGUAUCCGACGCUGAUCGUCACAAUGGGAUUGCCGAACUCUUGGAGGUGUUUGGGAGUGUGAUUAGUGGGUUUGCGAAACCACUGAAGGAGGAGCAUAAGUUAUUUCUGUGGAAGGCAUUGAUUCCUCUUCAUAAACCGAAGACAGUGGGCAUGUAUCUGCCGCAGUUGACAUACUGCAUUACACAGUUUAUUGACAAGGAACCAAAGCUCUCAGGGACUGUGAUCAGAGGCCUGUUGAAGUACUGGCCAGUGACGAACAGUCAGAAGGAGAUGAUGUUCUUGGGGGAGUUGGAGGAGGUGCUGGAAUUGACAGAAAUGCCUGAAUUCCAGAAGUGCAUGGUCCCAUUGUUUCGGAGGGUUGCACACUGCUUGAAUAGCUCUCAUUUUCAGGUUGCUGAAAGAGCCUUAUUCCUGUGGAACAAUGAGCACUUGUUCGGUUUGAUCUCUCAAAACCACCAAGUUAUCUUGCCAAUCAUAUAUCCAGCUCUCGAAAGGAAUGCUCGUUUGCAUUGGAACCAAUCGGUUCUGAAUGUUACAAUGAAUGUCAGGAAAAUGUUCUUUGACAUGGAUCAGAAGCUGCUGUUGGCUUGUCAGAAAAAUUUCCAAGAGGAGGAAGAGAAGCAAGCCGCAACUGAGGAGCGGAGAAGGCUUAUAUGGGAGCACCUUGAGAAGAAUGCCGCAUUCCAUCCAGUAACCAGAGACAUCAGCUUUGCUGCUUUUCCUAAACCCGCUCCUCUGGUAGCUCCAACUAUGACAUAAUAUAUAUGUGUUCAAAUGUACUUCAUUCCACUCCAUUUAUAGCACUAUGGGUGCUGUGCAGGGCAUUUUGUCAACUUUGUCUCCCCCCCCCCCCCCUUGAUUCUUUCAUGGUGUACUCUCAAGUGAUGGACAUUUCUUUCUUUGACAAGAUAAUGCCGUUCUAGUCGAUUGUUCUGUGAAACAACUUUGGAUA